CCUCAAAUUCCGUGGCUGCUUUACCUUUGAAGACUUUUCCAGCCCAAAAUACACCACUCGUAGUUUUUUAUGGCGUGAUGUACUUUUUCAAUAUUUUCAUGAUUAUCGUGCUUGAUGUGUCAGUGACGGAAAUCCUAUCAAAUGCAACGUACCUAACCUUUGACAAACUCUAACCUCUAGUCUCUAGUAAGUACUCUGUGGUUUUGUGACUGCUAAUGUCAACCUAAUGGGGAAAAUUGGAACUUCGGUUUCGUGUACUCGGAGGUUGGAGGAGGUAGUUUUUCUAGAAUAAAGUUUGCAGCAUUUAAAGCCCCCUUUAAAGUGAAUUUUUAUUUUAUUUUAUUUCGUAUCAAAGGAAUUGAUAUUCUAAUCACCACAAGCAAUGACUCGUGGCAAUCAGAGAGAACUAGCCAGACAAAAAAAUCAGAAGAAACAGCAAGAACAGAAGAAAAAAAAUAGCGAUGGGCUCACUCUAGAACAAAGAAAGUUCAGAGACGCCGAAAUAAUGAAAGAAAAACAGAAAAAGAAAGAGAUGGAGAAGGUUCAAAGGGAGCAACAGCAGAACAACCAACCACAACAGUGUGCUCAAGCAUGUAAAUAAUCUUUAUUAUGUUUAAGCAUUAUGUAAAAUAUUCACAAUGUGUGCUGUUUUAUAAUUAAGAAAAUGACUAUGUUUGGUUUAUUAUUAUUAUUCUUACUUUACCAGAAUUAGCAGAUUUAUUUAACGUUAUUCAUUUAUUAUGUAGUGACCAUUUUCGACUAUGUGAAUGUAUAUUACGUUCUCCAAAAUUCAGAUGGUAUUAUUAUUUAGUUUAGACAAUAAGUAGAUCUUUCUUUGUAUUUCUCUAUUUGUAAUUAAACAAGAAAAAUCGA